AUCCAUGAGGAUGGCUUCUCUGGAGAGGACGUGAAGCAGUACAAGCCAGUGGUCUACAGCAACACUAUCCAGUCCCUGGCAGCCAUUGUCCGUGCCAUGGACACCUUGGGCAUCGAGUACGGUGACAAGGAACGACGGGCUGACGCCAAGAUGGUGUGCGAUGUCGUAAGUCGGAUGGAGGACACAGAGCCCUUCUCUCCAGAGCUGCUGUCAGCUAUGAUGAGACUCUGGGCAGACUCUGGGAUCCAGGAGUGCUUCAACCGGUCCCGGGAAUAUCAGCUCAACGACUCAGCUCAGUACUACCUAGACAGCUUAGAUCGAAUCGGAGCUGCAGACUACCAGCCCACGGAGCAGGACAUCCUCCGGACCAGGGUCAAGACAACUGGCAUCGUAGAAACCCAUUUCACAUUCAAAAACCUCCACUUCAGGCUCUUCGACGUGGGGGGCCAGCGGUCAGAACGCAAGAAGUGGAUCCACUGCUUCGAGGACGUCACAGCCAUCAUUUUCUGCGUUGCGCUGAGCGGCUACGACCAGGUGCUGCACGAAGAUGAAACCACGAACCGCAUGCACGAAUCCCUGAAGCUUUUUGACAGCAUCUGCAACAACAAAUGGUUCACAGAUACAUCUAUCAUCCUCUUUUUAAACAAGAAGGACAUAUUUGAGGAGAAAAUUAAGAAAUCUCCACUGGCUAUCUGCUUUCCUGAGUACACAGGCCCCAACGCUUUCACGGAGGCCGUGGCCUACAUCCAGAGCCAGUACGAGAGCAAGAACAAGUCCCCCAACAAGGAGAUCUACACCCACAUCACCUGUGCCACCGACACCAACAACAUCCAGUUCGUCUUCGACGCCGUCACGGACGUCAUCAUCGCCAACAACCUGCGGGGCUGUGGACUCUACUAACGCCCCCUCCUCCCCGCCUGCCCCGGCCCUGCCGGGAGCACCCUCCGCUCCCGCGGACAGGUCCUCUCUUUCCUUGUUUCCUCCUCCUCCUCAGAACACGACGAGGAAGAAAUACGUAAAUCCCACACCCCCCCCCUCCCCUCCCCGUCCCAGAAAACUCUGCAGCAAGUUCUGCUCCCCCCAGCCCCGUUUCACAUCCUCGGGUUCAUUUUUGGUUCAUUCCCUCAUCCUGCCUCGUUCCACUCCUCCGUUCCAGGUCACGGCGCUGCGCGGGGAGCUAACGCGCUUCCCACAAAGUGCACCUCAACUGCCAAAAGACAAAAAUACUUCACUUUUAAAAAGAGGG